CGCGCCUCACCUUGACUCCCUCACUAGCAACCGUUAAACAACAUUCAAAACUGCUGCGGUUUGAAAAUAUGGAGCGGUUUCCGCCCAAAUUUAGUAAAGUGCUGGUGACACCUGACCCACAGUACAUCCCAGGGUAUGCAGGCUACUGUCCUCAGCUGAAGUAUCAUGUGGGCCAGACUUAUGGUCAGUUAACAGCAAAGCUCCUAUCUUCCCCGGAGGUAUCUCACUCACAGAGGCUUGUGCUCCAUACUGGCCAUUUUCCAUCCACAGAGGACACAGGACCUCUCAAUGAAAUCUGGAGAAGUCGACAUGGAGGCAGCAGGAAGCUGGAGAAAAUGAUUCCAGGAUACACAGGUUUUGUUCCAUUGCGUCAAAACUACUUCUGCAAAACAUAUGCAGAAACCUGUCGAGAUGCACUGUCAGAGUUCAGCCAGGAGCAAGAAAAGAGACUGCGUGCGGCUUCUGCUGACCUGUCUUUUGCUGUCAACAACAGCGUCCCAGACUUCAAACCUAGAAGACUGAACAGCCCUCUUACAGCCAUAUCUAAAGAUCCUGCCCCCUACCAGGCCCCAGACCCCUGGAAGCCACAAGGCUCCCCAUACCUCAUGGAGGAAAGCAGCCCGCAUAAGUAUUUCAUCUCAGGUUUUACUGGCUACGUCCCCAAAGCCCGGUUUCUCUUUGGUUCUGGAUAUCCCAUCAUCACAAACAAAGCACUGAUUCAGUUUGCAAAGGAAAUGAAGGCAGGACAGACCUCCUUCAACUUGCAAAAGGAGGAGACAUCCAGCUUGCCUCUGAUCCCCACAAUAUACCCCUCCAAAACAGGGCUCCUACCCUCCUACAAGGGACAUGUACCAGGGUACAGAUUUCAAUAUGGCCAUACAUUUGGGCAGCUCACCCAAGAUGCUCUAGGGCACAUUGGUACACAAAAGAAGAACACAGGGGGAAACAGACUGGACUGAAAACCCAGCAGUGCAAGUGAAAUCAGU